CAUCCCACAGAUAGAAGUCAGAAAGCCUCUGCAGCUGUCUCUGCUACUCAGCUGAACCUUUACAUCCCGGACGUAGGCUAACGUCUUGCUGAACUGCUUGUGUUCCCAGUUAUUUUUAAUACUUUAUUUUUCAAUUUAACGUGUCAGAAAUUCCUACAAAGCAAAAUGCUGCCCGCAACUUUUAAAUUGUGUGCUGGCAUCUCCUAUCGGCACAUGAGGAACAUGACAGGUCUUAGAAGAAAUGCCCUGGCAGCAAUCCAUCAUGAGCUGAACAGGCUGGCGGGUCCAGGCCCCAGCAACUGGAUCAGUCAAGUCCGCAGACGAAGCUCUCUCCUCAGCUCUCGGAUUCGGGAGGAGGAAGUGUACAACGAGGAAGAAAUGUCCUAUGUGAAGCAAGGAGAGGAUGCACUGCAGAAAGCCAUCAGCAUCCUCAGCGAACAGGACGGCUGGACGGUGGAAACUGUAGCUGCAAACGGAGACAAGGUUCUGAGCAAGGUCUUGCCAGACAUUGGGAAGGUGUUCAAACUGGAAGUGGUGAUGGAGCAACAUCCCGACAACCUGUACGAAGAGCUGGUGGAAAAAAUGGAGCAAAUGGGAGACUGGAACCCCAACGUCAAACAAGUCAAAAUUCUUCAAAAGAUCGGACAGGACACCAUGGUGACCCAUGAAGUGUCAGCAGAGACACCAGGCAACGUGGUGGGACCCAGGGACUUUGUGAGCGUCCGCUGUGCCAAACGUCGAGGCUCCACCUGCUUCCUAGCUGGAAUGUCCACUCAGCAUCCAAAAAUGCCAGAGCAGAAAGGUGUAAUCAGAGCCGAGAAUGGGCCUACCUGUAUAGUGAUGAGGCCUUGUGCUGAAGACCCAAGUAAGACUAAGUUCACCUGGCUGCUGAGUCUAGAUCUAAAGGGCUGGAUCCCAAAGACAAUCAUAAACAAAGUGCUCUCGCAGACGCAGGUGGACUUUGCCAGUCACCUCAGAAACAGGAUGGCGAAUAACGUUUCCAUGGAGAUGGCUCACGCCUGCUGACACGAGAUGCCUCUUGAGCCAACAGAGAGAAACUUCUGCUCAUCAAAAAUCUCAUCUAAACCUGCUUAGAGUCACUGAAAAAGUAGCCACUCCAGUGAGUUUUAGCAAGAUCCUGGGAAGAUUGUGCUUUUCUGAAAUCUUGAGAAAGUUUCAGCACUUUUCAUUAAAAACAGAAUGAGUUAAACACAUAAUCACAGCGCCAUCAUUGAUAAGCCUACAAAAUUUCAAAAACUAUAUUUUAUUCUACAUAUGUGCACCGUGUGCAUUCUACCUGAUAUGGGUAAUUGUCAAGCAAAGAAGAGAGUUUUGAUAGUCGCCCUUUAAAAUUGCAUCAAAUUUUAAAAACACAGUUCAGAAAUACUCAGAUCUCCCAAUCAAAAGCAGUUAUGCUUUUCAGUGUAACCCGGUUUUAAUGUUUGAUCAUGCAUUACUUGUUAACAGAAGUCAAGACUCUGGGUAGUCAUAGCAUUUUCCCCCUAUAUAAUACAUAUAUUUCUUAACUGACCCAAGCAUCACCCCUUGCUGAUGAGUCUCUUUCAAUAUCAACCAAACUAAUUUCUUUGCCCCUGUUGUGAAAAUGCACUUUUAUUUCUGCAUGUUAUUUAUUGAUUUUUGCAUAGUUGCAUGACAUUACAGCGACUGCUGGGUGUCGCUGAUAUUUAUGCUUUCAGAAAAGAAGUUUUAAUAAUUGUGUUGGAUUAGAACUGGAAUAAAGUCUUGUUGAACAUG